AUGACAUUUUACCGAACACUUCUCCUACUAUCUGUGGCUGCGGCUCCUGUGGCAGCACACGGUUCCCAGCGGACAAAAAGAGGGCUACUCGAGCUUGCAGGAGCCAUCAAAUGCAGCACCGGGAGAUCUGCUUUGGCUUACAUGAUGUACGGAUGCUACUGUGGGCUGGGGGGUCAGGGGUGGCCCCGAGACAAGGCAGACUGGUGUUGCCACAAGCAUGAUUGCUGUUAUGGAGAUGCAGAGCAGCUUGGCUGCCACACCAAAACGUCCCAAUAUCACUGGACGUGUGAGGACAGGAAAGCUGAGUGUGAGGAUUUAGAGGACAAAUGCGAGAAGUUCUUAUGCAAGUGUGACAGAGAGGCAGCCAAGUGUUUGAGAAAAGCGCCUUUCAUCCGGAAGUAUGCCGUAUGGCCAGAUUUCAUGUGCGGCUACGAGCACCCGAUGUGUAACAUAUACUGACACGAUGAAUACAUCUCCAUGUCCUGUGUGCCUUUUUGUUAAUAUAAAUGCAUCAAAAAAAACGAUUAAACUCUUAUAUUUUCACCGUCGCCAAGGUUUUUAAUGAAGCAUAGCGGUAUCUAUCAAUUAAAUGCAUGUAAAAGAGAGUUGGUUAAAAAAAAGAACAAAACGUUGUUCAUUCUUUAAGAGAUUGAAACGUCAUUAAAGGUUUUGUCUAAGAUACAGACAGAUUGAACUUUUUGCAAUCCUCUUUUUGGCCUUGAAGGUCCAGUGUUAAGCGUAAAAAGGUCAGGUCGCCACUCCUCACAAAGCUACUUUUAUAUGUUGAGGAGUCGACUCUGCAGCCCAGAGAACCACUCCUUGUCCUCUAUCAGAGUUUUGCACAUUACAUCUUUCACUGCGUCCAAAAAAAGAAAAAAAAAAACAGCAGGAAGUUUACUAAGCUAACAGACUGGGCUACUUUAAGUCCACAGCAGUUAUGUGUUGCUGUUGAAAGUAGUGUUCGCUAUUCAGUGGUCAGCUCCUUUUAAGGGGUUUAACAAAAUCCCAGCGUAGCCACAGUUUUUUGAGCA